AUGGUAGCGGAAGUGGGCUUCGGAUCUAGCGAGCCGCCGCGAGUGACGGCUGCGGUUGGGCCGCGAGGCAAGCGAGUGCAGACACCGCAGCCCGUACGCUCGCCGCCCGCUCCGCUACCCGCCCCGUUACCCGCUCCGCUUACCGCUGCGACACCACCUCAACCGCGGGAACAAACCGCCGCAUUAGCACACGCUGCUAAAGGCGUUGAAGCGUUGGGUGUACUUGUGCAAUAUUUGGUUUUUAGGUUGGAUGCUCUGAACAGUGGGUCAUGGCAGCAAGAGGCAGAGAGAUGGCGGUCCAUGGCGGCAGCAGAGCGCAGCGCUGCGGCCAGGGCAGACAGAGACAGACAGCAGCGAGCACAGAAGGAUCUAGACACCAUCGCAGAAUGCUUGAGCAAGAUCUCAGAGCUCGAGAUGGAAGUAUCGUCAAAGGAAGAAGCUAACUCGCGACUACAGGCUGCUCAUUUUGAAGAAGUGUCGGCGUUAGCGAAAGAUGUUAAGGGGUUAAAGGAUACAAUAGAUACGCUUAAACAAGAAGUAGCCGAGAGUAGAGCUCGGCUGCAUUCACACAGUGAGAUCGAGCGAACUCUCCGUGCACAAUUGGAAGCGGCGCGGUCUGAGGUGGAGCGUGCUAAAUCACGCUCGGACAAGUCGUCCAACAAGCCGAACGACUCGUCGCGCGACAAGUCCGCCAACAAGUUGUACAACACGCGCGACGCGGCCUGCGACCCGGUGUACAGCGAGCUCGAGGAAUACGACAUGGGACUGAGGUCCAAAGAGGAACUUAGCUCGGACGCCACGGAACUGGCUGCUGAGGUACUAUCAUUGCGGGCGGUGAUAGAAUUGAAGAACGCUGAGUUAUCAUCAUUACGUGACGCGAGAUCCGAGCUGCCAGCUGAAAGGCAGCGGAGGAUUGCAGCCGAGAGGGAGGCUUGCUCGGCUAUACACGCGGCUGAGGAACUUAGAGAGAGAGCUGCCGCGAGGCAGAGAGAGGCAGACAGGUUAAGAGAUGAAAAUAGGAGGCUGGGGGAGAUAGCUGCCAGGGACAGGGAACGAGCUAACAGACUGGCUGCCCUCAACGAGGAACUGAGAUACAAGCUGAGGCAGAAGUCGCAGGUGGUGUCGCUGUUAGCCGGUGGUGGCUACAUAGAGCGUACUCCGAUGCGCACGCGCACGUCGUCCGGCGACUCCGGCCGCUCCGCGUCCCCCGGCCCGGAGACACCCCCCUCCCCCGCGUCCUCCCCCGCCCCCGACUCGCCGCCGCUCCCCGCAGUCAAGGGGGUCGUAGAGAAACACGACUCGGUCAGCUGGGUGCUGGAAAUAGAAGAAACUCCAGAGGAAAUGGCCUCGAGACUAGCUCGGAGAUCUUCGUUCCGCGCGGGGGCUUCCCCUAGCGGUGUGAAGCGUCGCGGCGGUGGUUCCCCCGGCAGUUCCCCCGCGCCCGCCUCCCCCGCCCCCAACGCCUCCAAACUAUUCAGACCCGGGGACCUGGACUUCCCCCCACAACCUCCCCCACUUAAAGAAUCCGCCGGUGAGGCCAUCUAUAUAUACGACGAUCGUCAGUAUUGA